AAAUCCCUAAAGGAGGUGGGAGAGAAAUUAGUAUCAGUAAAAGGGAAUUCGUUUCUCUCUCUACAAACCUUCAGAUCUGUCUCUGUAAUCUUUCAUCAUCCAAUUCGAAGCCUCUGGGAAGAAAGGAAAGCGAUGUCGUCCCUUAGCAGAGAGCUUGUGUUUUUAAUCCUUCAGUUUCUAGACGAAGAGAAGUUUAAGGAGACUGUUCACAGGUUGGAGCAAGAGUCGGGGUUUUUCUUCAACAUCCGUUACUUUGAGGAAAUGGUGACAAAUGGCGAUUGGGAUGAGGUGGAAAAAUAUCUCUCUGGAUUCACAAAGGUGGAUGAUAACAGAUAUUCAAUGAAGAUCUUCUUUGAGAUACGAAAGCAGAAGUACCUAGAAGCUCUAGCUUGCAGGAAGGAUCGUGCUAAAGCUGUUGAAAUUCUAGUGAAGGACUUGAAGGUGUUUUCAGCUUUUAAUGAAGAUCUUUUUAAAGAAAUAACACAACUUUUGACCCUGGAGAAUUUCAGAGACAAUGAGCAAUUAUCAAAAUAUGGAGACACCAAGUCUGCCAGAAGUAUAAUGCUGGGUGAGCUUAAGAAGCUGAUUGAAGCAAAUCCUCUGUUUCGUGAUAAGCUAAACUUUCCAACUCUAAAAAACUCGAGAUUGCGGACCCUUAUCAAUCAAAGUUUGAACUGGCAACAUCAGCUGUGUAAAAACCCAAAGCCGAAUCCCGACAUAAAAACUCUGUUUGUUGAUCAUUCUUGUGGACAGUCACAGCCAAAUGGUGCAAGGGCUCCAUCCCCUGUAAAUAACCCAUUAAUGGGUGCCGUACCGAAGCCUGCUGGCUUUCCACCUCUGGGGGCUCAUGGUCCUUUUCAGCCUGCACCAGCAACUCUGCCAACAUCUCUUGCUGGUUGGAUGGCAAAUCCUUCCCCUGUGCCUCAUCCGUCGGCUUCUGCUGGCCCUCUUGGUUUCAAUCCACCAAAUAAUGCUGCUCUAUUAAAGCGCCCUAGGACUCCCCCAACCAAUAAUCCUGCUGUAGACUAUCAAACAGCUGACUCUGAACAUGUACUGAAGAGAACGAGGACAUUUGGCAUAUCUGAUGAACAGGUCAAUCAUCUGCCUGUAAAUAUCUUGCCUGUUGGUUACAGCGGCCAGAGCCAUGGUCAAAGCUCAUAUUCGUCUGAUGAUUUACCUAAAGCUAUGGUGAUGACCCUAAAUCAGGGUUCAUCAGUCAAGAGCAUGGAUUUCCAUCCAGUACAGCAAAUUCUGCUUCUCGUUGGAACAAGUACCGGAGAAGUCAUGAUAUGGGAACUGGGUAGCAGAGAGAAGCUUGCUCAUAAGAAUUUCAAGGUUUGGGAUCUUGGUGUUUGCUCAAUGCCUUUGCAGGCAUCUUUGACCAGUGACUAUACUGCAUCAAUCAACCGUGUAACUUGGAGCCCUGAUGGAACCCUCUUUGGCGUUGCAUACUCAAAGCACAUAGUGCAGAUUUACUCUUACCAUGGCGGUGAUGAUCUCCGAAACCAUUUGGAGAUUGAGGCUCAUGUUGGCAGUGUCAAUGACCUUGCUUUCUCCUACCCAAACAAACAGCUUUGCGUUGUAACUUGUGGAGAAGACAGGUUAAUAAAGGUCUGGGAUGCGGUCACAGGGGCAAAACAGUAUUCAUUUGAGGGUCAUGAAGCACCUGUAUAUUCCGUAUGUCCACAUUUCAAGGAAAACAUUCAGUUUAUUUUCUCGACGGCAACUGAUGGAAAAAUAAAAGCAUGGUUGUAUGACAAUAUGGGUUCAAGAGUGGACUACGAUGCACCAGGUCAUUCAUCGACCACUAUGGCCUACAAUGCAGAUGGAACAAGGUUAUUCUCGUGUGGUACAAAUAAAGAAGGAGAAUCAUACAUUGUGGAAUGGAAUGAAAGUGAAGGAGCUGUCAAGCGCACAUAUAACGGGCUUGGGAAGCGAUCUGUUGGUGUUGUGCAGUUUGAUACUACCAAAAAUCGUUUUCUUGCUGCUGGUGAUGAGUUUUUGGUUAAAUUCUGGGAUAUGGACAGUGUUAACUUAUUGACAACCAUUGAUGCUGAGGGUGGUCUACCGGCUUCUCCUUGCAUACGGUUUAACAAGGAAGGAAUUCUGUUGGCUGUCUCAACAAAUGAUAAUGGUAUCAAAAUUCUAGCUAAUCCUGAUGGGAUUAGGCUACUAAGAACCAUGGAGAAUCGUUCAUUUGAUCCCUCCAGAGUUGCAUCUGCAUCUGUUGUGAAGCAUGCACAGACUUCUACGAUGAAUACAUUUGGUGCUGCUAAUGCAUCUGCUGGACCAAGCAUCAUGGAUAGAGUUGCACCAAUGCCUUCAAUGGUAGUGAUGAAUGGUGAUAAUCGAAGUUUGGUUGAUGUGAAGCCUAGAAUCGGAGAUGAGUCCAUGGACAAAUCUAGAAUAUGGAAACUGACAGAAAUCACAGAACCGGCACAGUGCCGCUCCUCAAGGCUUCCAGAUAAUACAUCUUCAGCAAUGCGGGUUUCAAGGUUGAUUUACACAAAUUCGGGACUUGCCAUAUUGGCUCUAGCAGCCAAUGCUGUCCAUAAACUAUGGAAAUGGCAGCGAAAUGAUCGGAAUUCAACUGGGAAGGCUACUGCCAAUGUCGCCCCUCAGUUAUGGCAACCAACAAGUGGUAUCUUGAUGACCAAUGUUAUCAGUGAUACAAACCCUGAAGAAGCUGUUCCGUGCUUUGCACUGUCGAAGAAUGACUCCUAUGUUAUGUCUGCUUCAGGCGGGAAGAUCUCUCUGUUCAAUAUGAUGACAUUUAAGACUAUGACUACAUUCAUGCCGCCUCCACCUGCCGCCACCUUUCUGGCAUUCCAUCCACAAGACAAUAACAUUAUAGCCAUAGGCAUGGAGGACUCUUCUAUCCAAAUAUACAAUGUCCGCAUCGACGAGGUCAAAACCAAGCUUAAAGGCCAUAAUAAACGGAUAACAGGCCUGGCCUUCUCUAACGUGCUUAAUGUGCUAGUAUCUUCUGGUGCUGAUUCUCAGGUGUGUGUUUGGAGCACAGAGGGAUGGGAGAAACAAACGAGUAAACAUUUGCAAAUUCCGCCUGGACGUGUUGCGGCUCCCAUAGUGGAUACCCGCGUACAAUUCCACAAUGAUCAGACACAUUUGCUAGCAGUCCACGAAACUCAGAUAGCCAUCUAUGAAGCACCAAAACUCGAACGCCUUAAACAGUGGGUGCCUCCAGAGACAAGUGGUUUGAUCACACAUGCUACUUACUCGUGCGACAGCCAAUCAAUUUACGUAAGCUUUGAGGAUGGAAGUGUUGGUAUUCUUACUGCAUCAACGCUCAGAUUGCGAUGUCGAAUCAGUUCCACCGCCUACCUGCCUUCCAAUCCAAAUUCAAGGGUGUAUCCACUUGUGAUUGCUGCACAUCCAAGUGAAGCCAAUCAAUUUGCAUUAGGACUGACCGAUGGUGGGGUGAUCGUGUUGGAGCCACAAGAGUCAGAAGGGAAAUGGGGGACCUCACCUCCCGUUGAAAAUGGCGGUGGGCCCAGCAGUAUGACGACAAGUACAACGGCCGACCAACCACAGAGGUAACGAAAUGAAACCAACCCAACCCAACCCAACCCAACCCAAUCAGGGGAGAAAAGAGUAGGAGGGUAGUUUAGGCAGUCUGGAUGGAAGAAUGUAGUAAGAGAGUGUUUUAUAGAAUGAGAAUGAGUUGGUAUAGAUGAUGAUGUAAAGCAAAAAUCUGUUUAAAAAUAUGUUGUCAAGAAGGUUGUGUUAAGUAUACAAAAAGGUCUUAAUUACUUGUUCUAAUCAGAUGUCUGUUUACUAUUGUUUCAUCC